GUGAUAUUGUUUGUACUGUAGUAAACCCACUGUCAGUGUAAUGAGCUCAGUUAUGUGACUGUGUGUUGCAGUGCGUCCUCUGUGUUUCCUACGUUGAUGAGAACAACAUUCGACUGCUGAAGAAAUCACUGAAGAAAAGUUUACAAGACGUCAAACCGAUGUCUGUUCAGCCACGAAAGGAGGACACAGGACACCUGAGAGCCGCUCUCUCUCUGCUGCAGCCGGGUGUUGAUGUGGAUCAUGACGCUCAGCCUCUCCUCAACCAUAAACCUGAACCAAAGCCCAAAGUGGAGCGUCCGUCCUGGUGUAAGUGUGACUGCUGCGCUCCCUCCUCUCUCCUGCAGGAGGAGCUGUGCUGCAGGCGGAGCGACGGCGCCUGCAUCACCUCGUCUCCUCUGUUUGAGCGGCUGGUGUUACAUCGCCCCCUGCUGGAGGCCGUCCUCCUGUACCACGACCCUCUGUCUGCACCUGCGUCCACAUCACAGAGCAGGGUCCACACCCCCCUGCUGACUGACCUGCUGCCAGCGUUUAUAUGUGAAAAACAAAGCAAAAAACAUUCAGUCACUCUUGAUGGUUAUAUCUGACAGACUGUAGCUCUCUCAGUCCUUUCUACCUGUUGAAACACCUUUAAAGAGGCAGUAAAACCAGCAACAUGCAGCUUCCCUCUCACCAGGAAGUGACUGCUCUCAGCUGUUAUCAAAUACCACUGGAAAACCACUCAACACUCAUUCAGCAAACUGUGAAUAAAAGGUGCAAGAAUGGAUUUACAAUGGGAAGGAACAGUCAUCUCCCCCACUGCAGACAAAUAAACUGUAGCAUUAGAUUGAAACUAUUUGUGUUCAGAGCGGUGGCUGUUUCUGAUAAAUCCUCUGGAUGAAAAACAGAAAUACUCGAGUACAAGUUGGUUCAAAUUGUACUCUGGUAUUUUAGUUACAUUCCAGCUCUGCACACAGAGAGUCUGUCAUCAGACUCACAGAGAUCCAGUCGUCCUCCAGGGAACAACACCCUCUUUAUCUGGAGGAACAUGGAAAC